AUAACAUGUGAUUACAAAUUAAAUUAAAGUUUUUAAAAAUCUAAAUUUAAAAGUGUUUUAAUGAAUAAAAAUGUUUAAACGAAUAAAUCGUAACAUUUAUUACAAUUUGUAUUCAAAUGCAAACCAUUAUAAAAGUCAAGUCUUAAGAUGGACUUCAAGUAAACCUAAAUUUGUGGCCGAUUUGUACGAAGACGUGGAGAAAGAGUUUGAGUCCGGAAUCAGAUAUCGAGAGCAUAGCGGCCGAAGACGGGCCACAACUGUAACGCUUCCAUACAAACUAGAAUUGGCGGCCAAUCAUGUCAUCAACAAACACAAUUGCCUUCAAUUCAAGGAAGACGUGAGAGAUAUGAAUGAGAGAGUAGUGUCACAUCAAUUACCCGCUGAACCACAAGAAGUUCAUCGCAAGAAACAGGAGAUUAAAGACCGGAUCAUUGCCAAGGAGAAAAUUGAUUUAAAACCAUUGACUGAAGACCAGAGGAAUGAUAUCUUAGACAACAGGCAAAAAAAGUUGGAAAGAAGUCUUAAGGACUCGCUUCUCAAUCACCAGCCAAUAGAGAAAGAAAUACCAGACUUUACGCCGAGAACUAUAUUUGAUUUCGGUUCGGGUGUCGGCACAACCGUAUGGGCUGUCAAUCAGGUCUGGCAUAAAGGGUUUGACGAAUAUUUUUGUGUCGAUAUUUGCGCGGAAAUGAAUGAUCUCUCGAGACUUCUUCUGCAAGGAGGGGAAGAGAACAAGAAAAUGCUUUUUGAUCCGGUCUUCUAUCGCCAGUAUUUGCCGGUCUCUCAUACCAUUAAAUACGAUUUAGUGGUUUCCGCCUUUUCAUUGCUCGAUAUACCCGACGCUAAGAAUCGGAUUCACGUGAUUGAGAAUCUGUGGCACAAAACGCAAGACGUUUUGGUGAUCGCAGAACACGGCAGUCGCGCCGGCUUUGCCGCUGUUCUCGAAGCCAGGAAUCUUAUAUUGCAAUUGUCUGGACAUAAAGUAACCGCUCAUUUCACUCAUAAUCCCGGCGAUAAGCAAUUGUCCACUGAUCACAACGCCUCUGAGGCCACUAUUAUUGCACCCUGUUCGCACGACUUGACGUGUCCGCGACAGUCAACCAAAGGACCCGUUCUCUGCAAUUUCGAAAUCACUUAUAAUCCGUUGCGUUUCGGACAAAAGAGUAUAACGACAGGAAAAGAGAGAUAUUCUUAUGUAGUAUUACGAAAGGGAAGACAACAACAACCCGAAAUGAAGAGUUGGCCCCGAAUUGUUCAGCCCGUCCUCACCGGUCAUCAUAAGGCUAUUUGUCGGAUGUGUUGCAGUGAUGGACAAAUCAAAGAACUUAUAAUUACCAAAUCUAAUCACGACAAGCAUGCCUACCAGUGCGCUAAGACGAGCCGAUGGGGCGACAAAUUUCCCGCACAAAUACACCCUAAAGAUGCCGAUCAAGACAUUCGUGAAUAAGUUGUA